AUGGAGAUACUUGCUCCAAAGACUAAUUAUUCUUUUACAGCCUCUAAAAAGGUGUAUGCAGACAAGUUGCUCAACAUCUUGGAUCCCAAGAAGCAGCUAGUUAGGCACAGGUUGUUUCGGGAGCAUUGUGUCUGUGUCCAAGGAAAUUACAUCAAGGACCUCAAUAUCUUAGGAAGAGAUCUGUCAAAAACCAUCAUCAUCGACAAUUCACCACAAGCCUUUGCAUAUCAGUUGUCCAAUGGAAUUCCUAUAGAGAGCUGGUUCAUGGACAAGAAUGAUAAUGAGCUGUUGAAGCUGGUGCCCUUUCUGGAGAAGCUGGUCGAGAUGAAUGAGGAUGUGCGGCCGCACGUUCGAGAGAGAUUUCGGCUGCAUGACAUGUUGCCCCCUGACUGAGCGUGGCUUUUGUUAUUCAGACUGGGACAACAUGAAGACUGAUGUUUAAAAAGAGGGGGGGGGGGGGGAAAACACCUCUUUGGAUGACAAAUGACAACAUUGCCAUUACUGUUAAAAUUUUAGCCUUUUUUAAUUUUGCUUUUAGUCCCACUUUUAAAAAAAAAAUAAAAUAAUUUAAAAAGAAAUACAUUUUUGAAGAUCUGGGUGAAAUUUUGUAAAUGUCAACUUGGAUAGACAAAAAUAACACACUAUGAACAAGCCCAGGUAGACCCCCUCUUUUUUUUUUUUUUUUUGACUGGCUCAAGCUGUGGAGCUGGAAUGUUUUGUUUCAAAGUAAAUUAAAAAGUCCUGAUGCUGUCUUGGUGGAUUUGGACAUUUGACCUGGGAAGGAGGAGAUUUCCAGCACCAAUGACUCUGAACUCAAACCAACCGCUGGUGCUCACCCCGUUGACACUGACUAUUGUUGACACUCUGUGGCUCAAGACCCAUAUCAGCAGGAACGGCCGGCUUCCCAGUCAGUCUGUGCAUGUGUGUCUGUUUACCGCCAGUCCUCCCACACAUAUAUGCGCACACACCACUGUGGUGUUUAACAAACCUAUAAAUUGUAGCCUUUAAAAACAUAUGCAUUCCUGUGUAGCUGAGGCAAUUUCCUAUUGUUAGUCGUUUUUGUCUGGUAAAACUGGUGUUUCACUCUUUCUAAAACAAGUCGUGUUUUCAAAUUAUUUUGCUAAGAUGUGCUAAAAGGGUAAUUUCAGUCUACGCUGUGCUUAUUUUUCUCUUCUUCCAGUUGAACAUGAGUCAGGCACAUAAAUGGUUACAGCCCACUGCAUAAUCAAAUGUCAUUAAUCAAGGACUUUAAAUGUAGUUGCUCUAAUAAGAGGUUUCAGUCUGUGUUGGCUACAAUAUGGACAUAUUAUGUCUUCAGUUUAAUCUUAGGAUGAUCAAUCUUGUAAAUUUGACAUUGUAUUGGUUUGAGGGCAUUCAUUUUCAGAGUGGUGCGCAUCAAAGUUAUGCUUUCUUCAGGAGUAUUUCAUUUGUCUAACAUCAGUAUUGUCUUUACUUCCAAGUAUUCUGGCUAAAUCUGUGCUGUUUCUUUUAGUUGCUUGUAAUCUAAUGGCUAUCUUGGUAGCACUGGAAUAUGACAAAUGUAGCACGUCUCUGCCAGUGUAUUGUGAAGUCUGCUGAUGGUAGUAAUCCACAGCCAAAGCCUGUACCAGCCACAUCUGGCACCAGCGUCAUAGUUUUAUCAUCACAGUGAUGUGUUCUGCCUGUUGUCUCUCCUGUGCUUUUUUUUUUUUUUUUUGGAACCUUGUAAGGGUAUUAUGUUUAACAUGGCUUCUGUGUUUGUGUUUAAAAGGGGGAAAACUGAAUGUUUUUCUGCGUGGGUUCAGCCUGUACACUCAUGCCCAACUGACAGUUCUGUUGUUUUAACUUAAAUUCUUAAGUAGUUAAAACAGUAGGCAGGCAGCAUUAUACGAUGCAUGUUGUGUUGGUUGUAUUGCAAGUUAAAACCCAGAACCAACUCCUUGGGCUUGUUCAUGUUUUUCUACUUUAUGACAUAAUUAUAUGAAAGAAUAUAUAAAGCACAAAAUGAUAGCAUAAGUAUUUUGAAAAAGAACUACAUCUUCACUUUUAUAGGAAGUUAAAAUGGGCACAAGAAGACUUUCAUGUCACUAAAGAGCUAUUGAAGGUCAUUUAAUGCAAUCAUUAGGAACUCUAAAUGUCUGUUAGCAUGCAUGAAAGUAGCUGGGGAAAGCCCGUGAGACUGGCUGUGAUGGGAGAGACUGCAUAUGACACCGUUUGUCUGAGGCUUCACCAGUAACAGCAUCAUGGUAGAGUGGCACUCUUUAAAAAAAAAAAAAAAUUUACCCACUUUAUAUUUCAACUCUUAAUAGGGCUAAAAUACAAACUCUUUAAUGUCUAAAUAUUGAGGGCUAAGUUUGCCACUUGGGGGAGAUGUACCUAAAUUUUAGUCAUUCUUAACAGUGCUUUUCUGUCAUGCUUAUGAACUUGUGACUCAUGAAGCAACGGGCAAAAAGUUGUCCAAGCUGCAGUUUCUUCGGUCACUUGGAGUUGUGGGCAUUUUUUUACAUCUUCCCUCGCUAGUCUUCUAAAACACCAAGUAGUUGAUCACUUGAUCAAGUAUUUUAAAAUUAUACAAAGAAGCCUUAACUUUUUUGAUUUGAUGUAUUUAAAAAAAAUAUACAAGUCCAAGGGGUUGUCAGUACUUUGUACGCAAUGUACAUCUGUGACACAAGUCCAUCUUCAGGUUCAGUUUGGCAUGUGGUGUCGUCUUUUUCUUUUCUUUUUUUUUUUUGGUUUUUCCAUUUGAUCAAAAUGGCUGUGUGCUUGGGUCAUUUCUGGAUUGCAUGCAGAGUACCAUGUGAUUCCUGUAUUUACUUCAGUAAUUCAUGCUACGGCGUUUCCUGUGCUCUUAAUGCUAAUCGUGUAAUUAUGGAGACAAUCGGACCCCAAAGCUCUGCAGAUGUGAAGCCCAGAGAACACCCCCUGCCUCCCCACAGUGUGCAGUACGGGUUGCAAUUCUGUUGAAUUGUACCCCAAUAACUUAAAGAAGCUUGCCAGAUAAACACUUAUGUGCCCUUUCUAAACCCCCCCAUGCUCACAGAUGUUCAACAUCUGCGCCUUUCCCAUAUUUUAGUAGCACUCC